AUGGCAACCGGUGACGAGAUCAAGAACCCAGACGCCUCUCUGUACGUUCGAGGAUCCUGCACGGAUCAGACAUGGCGCAGCUCUGCCUGUCCAUUGUUCUGCAUCAACCCGGACCCUCCGAACCGCAACAAUCUUGCUGGUGGACAAGGGAUUGAAAAGUGUCCAAACACGGAUUUGGAUAUGUACUACUGCAUCGACUACAAUAUGGGGAAUGUCAACUGCAGUGCUCAACAACAGGUGUUGAUUUUCAAAGGUACACCUACCGCUCUGACUACGAUCGGUGUGACAGCGACGACGGAGAUGACAUCCUCUGCUUCAAUAAUAUCCUCGACAACGACGGGGGGUCCAUCACCAGCGGCAACUAAAGUAGCGGCUGAAACGACCACCUCUACUGCAGCCGAGCCGAAACCAGCUCAGAAUCAGACCGGAGUCAUCGCAGGCGCUGCAGUUGGCGGUUUCCUCGGUUUGGCAGCCAUCGCAGGACUCGUAUACUUCUUCCAUCGUCGCGGGAAGAGACUGAGAGGCGAGCGCCUUGGACUAGCGCCCUCGUCUCAGUUGAGCUCAGGGGAUGAUUACAUGACUGGUAUGUCGGUCAUGCAUCAAUCUAUCCCGUCCCAGCAGGGCGCGACCGCGUUGUACGAGGCUCCUGCAACUGAGUACCGAAGAUAUGAGCUUUCUGGGUGA